AUGGAGCCACAGUUGUCCUGGCAACUCUCUUGCAAAUGGCAAGUACUGGGCUUAUUUUUAUUAUUCAACUGGGUGUUGAUUACAGGACAGAUCCGCUAUUCUGUCGUGGAGGAAUCGAAGCUGGGGACCAUGGUGGGAGAGGUGGCACAUGACUUGGGCUUAACACUGGCAGAUCUUUCAAGUCGUAGGCUUUGGCUUGGCUCUGAGGAAAGUAAGAGGUAUUUUGCAAUUAACUUGGACAGUGGUGUUCUGAUGGUGAAUGAAAAGAUAGAUCGAGAGACACUCUGUGGAGCAAGCUCACUGUGCAUCCUGCCUGUGCAAGUAGUAAUUGAAAAUCCCUUGGAACUCUUUCACCUGGAGGUAGAGAUUCUGGACUUGAAUGACAAUUCACCCAAUUUCAUCACUCCCUGGCUUGUAUUGAGGGUAGCAGAAUCUGCUGCUAGAGGAUCACGGCUCCCACUCGAGAGUGCACAUGAUGCAGAUGUUGGGACCAAUGCAGUCAGUGCCUACCAGCUCAGUUCCAAUCCUCAUUUCAUACUUGAUAUAAAGAAUGUGAAGGAUGGCAAGCUUUUACCUGAACUGGUGCUAGACCAGCCUUUGGAUAGAGAAAAGCAAUCAGAACAUCAGCUGAUUUUGACUGCCUAUGAUGGAGGGGACCCUGUCUUGUCAGGAACAAGUCAGCUCACCAUUGUGGUCCUUGACAAUAAUGAUAAUGAGCCGACAUUUGAUCUGCCUGUGUACAAGAUACAUUUCUUGGAAAAUAUUCCCGUAGGCUCUUUAAUUUUUAAACUCAAUGCAACUGAUCCUGAUGCAGAUUCUAAUGGGGAAAUACAGUAUUCUUUUGGAAUCCACACAUCAGAUUCCAUCCAGACGCUGUUUGGUUUAGAUCCCCAUACAGGUGAGAUCUCUAUUCAAGGAAUUGUGGAUUUUGAAGAAUCCCAAUUUUAUGAACUUCACAUAAGAGCCAGAGACAAGGGCAUACCACAGAUGGAAGGCCACUGUGUUAUCCAAAUAGAAGUGGAAGAUGAAAAUGACCAUUUCCCAGAUAUUUUGCUUACUUCCUUGGUAAAUCCACUGCCAGAAAAUAUACCUUUAGAAACGGUGGUGGGGCUUUUCAGUGUGCGAGAUCAAGAUUCAGGUGUCAACGGAAAAGUAAGCUUGCAAAUACCAAUGAGCUUACCCUUUAAAAUUAAAUCUUUUGAAAAUCAUUUUUCCUUAAUUACACGUGAAAGGCUGGAUAGAGAAACAGUCUCUCAAUAUACUAUAACGCUCACUGCCCAAGACUCAGGAAUUCCACCUCUAACUAGAGAUUUGACUAUCUUGUUGAACAUUUCAGAUAUCAAUGAUAAUGCCCCAUCCUUCUCUCAGCAUUUCUACAACUCCUUCUUGAAAGAGAACGAUCCACCUGGCUCUUUGUUGUGUACUGUAUCUGCUUCUGAUCCUGAUGAGGGUGAUAAUUCCCGGCUCACUUAUUCAGUGGCUGGAAAUCAGGUCCAAGAUGCCCACAUUUCUUCCUUUAUUUAUAUCAACCCAGAUAAUGGAAAUAUAUAUGCCCAGCAUUCUUUUGAUUAUGAAAUGCUUCAAGUGUUGCAAAUCCUUGUUAUUGUGCAGGAUGCUGGGACACCCAUACUAAGCUCCAGUGUCACUGUUUAUCUCUUCAUAUUGGAUCAGAAUGAUAAUGCUCCUGUUGUUUUGUAUCCAGCGACUGGCCAGCAACUGUCAGCACUCCAGAGAAUCCCUCUGUUGGCACCAGUAGGUUAUGUCAUCACAAAAGUCACAGCAGUGGAUGCAGAUUCUGGUCAUAAUGCCUGGCUGUCCUAUUCCUUACUCCCCCAAUCUACGAAUGCCUCCCUGUUUCGAGUGGCGCCAUACACUGGGGAAAUAUGGACUGUUCGAAGCUUCCAAGAAACAGAUCUUCUUGCACAGAAAAUCCUUGUCCUUGUAAAGGAUCAUGGAAAGCCACCUUUGUCCACUACUGUUACAAUCUUGGUCUCACUAGAGGAAAAAGCAUCUGAGGAAAGUUCACAGUCUCAUAAAUUCUUAAAUCAUCCCAAAGAAAAAUCUGAUCUGACUCUCUAUCUGAUUAUAGCUCUGGUGGUGGUUAGCAUUGUCUCUCUCAUUACUUUAAUUGUCUUGUCUGCAAAAUGCUUUUGGAAAAGAAAAUGCAAAGAUUCUUCUUACACCAUGAACAAUUCUCCUAUCAGGGAUCUUUUCAAAUACUCCAGUCCUAAACUGCAACUCAACUCCAAUGGUACCCUGGAAUACAUGGAAGUGACAAUGAGGCCUGCAGACUCCCAUAACCAGCCCCAUAAAUCCAGGCAUUCUUCAGGGUCAGACCGAAUUGAUUUCACCUUUAUGAGGCCUGUGUAUUCUCAGCCAAGUACACUAACAAGGAAUGUUGAUCCUUUUUUGUCCCAUAUUAAUACGCUGAAUCAUCCAAAGCAGAUCCGUUAUUCUGUCCCUGAGGAACUUACUCGGGGAGCCUUUGUAGGAAAUCUUGCUAAGGAUUUAGGAAUGGAUGUAACAAAGCUUGCAGCUGCCAAUCUGCAGGUGCUUUCUGAUUCCGACUUCCAGUAUUUCUCUGUCAAUGUGAACACUGGAAUCAUAAUAAUCAAUGACAGAAUAGACAGAGAGCAGCUUUGUGGCCAGAACCUGCGGUGUUUCUUGCAUCUUAAACUUGCUAUUGAAAACCCGGUGGAGUUCUAUCGCAUCGAAGUGGAGAUUCUGGAUAUCAACGACAAUGCUCCUGAAUUCUCAAGUAGCACAAUUGUUCUGCAGAUCUAUGAAUUGGCUGCCCUGGGUGCCCGUUUCCCCAUUCCACAUGCACAGGAUCCAGAUAUAGGAACAAACACUUUGCAAACCUAUCACCUCAGCAUCAAUGAGAAUUUCAGCCUUAAUGUGAAGGCACGCACCGAUGGCACCAAAUUCCCAGAAUUAGUUCUGGAGAAAGCAUUGGACAGAGAACAUGUGGCUAUCCACAAUUUGAUCCUGACAGCUGAAGAUGGGGGCACAUUCCCCAGAUCUAGCACUGUACAAAUUGCUGUCCAUGUUCUGGAUGCUAAUGAUAAUCAUCCAGUUUUUGACAAACCCACUUACAAUGUCCGCUUGGUAGAAAACUCUCCUCCUGGGACACUGGUGAUUAAGCUGAAUGCAACUGACUUUGAUGAAGGAUCUAAUGGACAGGUACGGUAUUCCCUCAGCAGUCAUAACUCUGAAGCUUUGUGCAGAAUAUUUGCUAUUGAUAAUAUCACAGGAGAAAUCCGUGUUCAAGGGACUCUUGAUUUUGAAGAGGCCAGCAUAUAUGAAAUUGAAGUGGAAGCUAAGGACAUGGGUUCCCCUACCAUGGAACAGCAUUGCAGUGUUAUUGUAGAAGUGACAGAUGUCAAUGAUAAUGUCCCUGAAGUCAUUCUCACAUCUUUCUCCAGUUCCAUGAGUGAAGAUGCACCUCCUGGCACAGUAGUUGCUGUGAUACAUGUCAAAGAUAGAGACUCUGGGGAUCAAGGGAAAGUCCAGUGUGAUUUGUCAAAAAAUCUUCCUUUUAAACUUCGGAAGGAUUUCGAGCACCAAUAUUCCUUGCUCAUUGGUGAGCAACUGGAUCGUGAGAACUCUUCUCAAUACAAUAUCACUAUCUGUGCCUUUGACUUAGGAAAUCCAUCUCUCUUGCAACAGGCAUCUUUCUCCAUUACUCUGGCAGAUGUUAAUGAUAAUCCACCUCAGUUUGACAGGUCAUUUUAUGAAGUCAUCAUAGAAGAGAAUAAUCCAGUAGGAGUGAUUCUCCUUAAGGUUUCUGCAACAGAUGCAGAUAAAGAUCAGAAUUCUCAGCUAUCUUACAUUGUUUUGUCCAGUCCAGGACAAGAACAGAUUGAAGAUCUCACUUCUUUCAUCUCCAUUAACCCAACAAAUGGGGAAGUUUUUGCAGAGAGCUCUUUUGAUUAUGAGUGUACCAAUCAUUUUCAGUUUCAGGUGGAAGCUUGUGAUGGUGGUUCUCCUUCUCUCUGCAACAGGGUUAUGGUGCAUGUUUAUCUACUAGAUCAGAAUGACAAUGCACCAAAAGUUCAGUUUCCUUUCACUGGGAAAGAUUCAGUUGUACAAUUCAGGAUUCCUCGAUCUACUAUGGCCAAAGCUUUAAUCACAAAAAUUAUUGCUGUGGAUUUGGAUUCUGGGCAAAAUGCUUGGCUCUCUUAUCAUCUAAAACAAGCCACAGAUCUCACUCUGUUUAGCAUAAGUCUUCACAGUGGGGAAAUGAGGACUCUGCGAAUAAUACAGGACCUAGACAAUCCUACCCAGGAACUAGUCAUAGUUGUCAAAGAUUCAGGAGAACUUUCCAUGUCUACCUCAGUUACUGUGAUCAUAUUCCUGGAAGAGAGCACUUCUGAAGUGUUUCUAGGGUUAAGUGCACGCUCUGUGGAAAGUGAGAGACCGCCCACAUUGACUUUAUACCUUAUUAUCUGUUUGGCAGCAAUUUCUACUAUCAUGUUGAUUGCUUUGGUGGCCCUGGGAGCAAGAUGUCUUCACUGUGAUGCUCUUGCAACAUCUACUAUCUUUGGAUGCUGUGGAAGUAAAGCUAGUGGACUUGAAAAUGUCCCAGAUCACAUGACGGGACAUUAUCAUUAUCAGCUGAGCCCUGGAGAUGCCAUGAUUGGAGUACAGGUAGCCACUUCAGGACCUCCUGUCAGAGGAUACAGAUCUUGCUUUUCUCCUGUAUCAGAUAUCAGCGACAAGCGAGGCAUGGAUAGCAGUCAGAAUUUGCAAUGGCAGCCGCUGUUAUUUUUAGCUUCAGUGUUUUCCCUGCCAGCUCUCAUCUCCAUGCAGAUUCACUACUCCAUCCCAGAGGACCAGGAUCCAGGCUCUUACGUGGGGAAUAUUGCCAAGGAUCUGGGAGUAGAUGUGAGGACUCUGCGUGCUCGCCGCUUACAGCUGGUCAGUGAGGGAAUGCGCCAAUAUUUCCAAGUGAACCUGGCAGACGGCAUGUUACUCAUCAAUGAGAGGUUAGAUCGGGAAAUGCUGUGUAGUUCCAGCCCCAGGUGUUCUUUUCCUUUUCAGUUGGUGCUGGAGAAUCCAUUGCAACUUAACCGGGUGGAGGUGGAGAUACUGGAUGUGAAUGACAAUGCUCCCCGAUUCCCAAAGGACACUGUUUCUUUAGAAAUCACUGAGGUUGCCAAUCUAGGCACCCGAUUACGGCUGGAAGUUGCAGAAGAUCAAGACACUGGUUCCAAUUCCAUUGCAACCUAUGAGCUCAGUCCAAAUGAACAUUUUGCUUUGAGUAUCAAUAUCAGAGGAGAUGGGGUCAAAAUACCUGAAAUUGUAUUGGAAAAGCUCCUGGACAGGGAAAAAGCAGCUACCCAUCAUUUAAUCCUGACUGCCCUAGAUAGUGGAAAUCCUGUUCAGUCAGGCACUGUUCAAGUAACAGUCCAUGUUCUUGAUGCAAAUGAUAAUCCCCCAGUGUGUGAACCACCUGUAUCAAAGGUUUAUUUGGAGGAAAAUAUCCAGGUGGGGACUAUAGUAACAAAACUCAAUGUUACUGACUUAGACGAAGGACCUAAUGGAGAAGUUGAAUAUUUCUUUAAAUCCAGCAGCAGUGUGCAGCUAAAACUUCUCGAUGUGUUUAGUCUGGACUCUCAAACAGGGGAAAUCAGGACAAAAGUUUUACUGGAUUAUGAAGAAGCCAAUGCAUAUGAAAUAGCCAUCUACAUUAAAGACAAGGGAUCCCCUGCUAUGGAAGGUCAUUGCAAUAUUAGAGUAGAACUUGUUGAUGUUAAUGACAACAGUCCAGAGAUUAUGAUGACCACUCUUUCUAGCUCAGUACAAGAAGAUGCACCUAUAGGAACAGUCAUUGCACUUAUCCAAGCAAAGGAUAACGAUUCUGAGGAAAAUGGACAGGUCCGCUUAGAGAUUCCAAGACAUGUACCAUUUAAAUUGGUGUCUUCAUUUAAAGGACAUUAUUCACUAGUGACUAAUGGCCCACUUGAUCGAGAGAAAACUGCUGGAUACAGUAUCACAAUUAAAGCAACAGAUUCUGGAAUACCUCAAAAGUCAACUGAGAAAAAUAUAUUAAUUCAAGUUUCAGAUAUAAAUGACAAUGCACCCACUUUCUCCAUCUCUUCCUACACAGCCCAUGUGGAGGAAAAUACAUCUCCUGGAACUCUAGUCUUUUCUGUGUCAGCAUGUGAUCCAGAUGUAGGUGUCAAUUCCAAGCUAUCUUAUUCCAUUGUGGAUACCGGAAAUCAUGGCUUGCCCAUCUCAACCUAUUUCCACAUCAAUCAAGAGAAUGGCAGUAUUUAUACCUCCAGGGUUCUAGAUUAUGAGCAAGAAAAAGUGUUUCAAGUUUCAGUAGAGGUGAAAGAUUCAGGUUUCCCACCGCUAAGCAGCACAAGCAUUCUUCAUCUGUUCAUAGUGGAUCAAAAUGAUAAUGCACCUGUAAUUGUACACCCAGAAGUUCCCAAAGGUUCUGCCUUUCAUCAGUCACUUCUAAUCCCAGUAGAACCUGGAUAUCUGGUGACUAAAGUAGUGGCUGUCGAUGCUGACAGUGGCCAUAAUGCAUGGGUUUCGUACCAUUUACUCCAUGAGACAAAUGAGGUGAAUGCUUUCAAAGUAGAAGACCACUCAGGAGAGAUCCGUGUCACUCGGACACUGAGGGAACCUGGGGUUUCUCACCGGUUGGUGGUAGAAGUGAAGGACAAUGGGGUGCCAUCUCUUUCAGCAUCAAUGAUUCUAAUAAUCUCCUCAGAGGAUAAUGCUGCACAGGAUUUUACCAAGUCGUUGGACCUUCUCCCCAAGUCACCUGCCAGGGCUCAGAACUUAACUCUUUAUCUUAUCAUCUCUCUUGUGGCUAUCUCUCUAGUGUCUUGUGUAAUGAUGAUUAUUGUCGGAGCCAGAUGCUUCAAAUCUGGCUUCUGUAUCCCAAACUGGAUCGUAUCACUCUGGUGUAGUAGGAGGACAGAUCGGAAGUCUACCAUAAAUAUCAGUGGGUAUCCAAAUCCAGAAGGCUUUAUAAGAUACCUUGAAGUGAGUGGAGCUGGAGCUCAGAACUACAAGUCUUGUUUCUCCCCUAUGUCUGAGCAGGGAGAUUUCUUUUUUGUUAAACCUUUCAGUCAUUCCACUACAGCAGAAAGCAUUCUUGCCUUUGAACACACAGGCAGUGCUUUGCAGAACCCCUCUGAUGCGACUAAACCAAGCAAACCAUUUUAUAAAACCAAUUUGGGAGUGAGUGCAGAACAGAAGUUUCAGGAACACUGUUUCCUGCUGAGUAUUAGAAAAACUUCUUAA